AUGUCGCCAACCGAGGUCUACAGACCUGCAUUUACAGAUCCUCCUGGCACGAACCUCGCAGGCAUCCCGGUCUCCAACCUCAAACUGUCCUCGCCAUACGUGAGCUAUGGCCUGCCAUACCAGGAAGCGUGUGCCAAACACGUGCGCGAGACCUUUAACGCCUCGCGAGUGUACAUUGUAGCGUCUGGGACCCUCUCGCGCGAGACCGACAGGCUGGACAGGCUGGUCAAGGCGAUCGGCAGAGACAAGGUCGUCGGUAUUAAAAAGGGUAUGACACCGCAUACGCCGUGGUCGGAGAUAUUGCAAAUCACGGCCGAAGCGAGAGAGUCCAACGCCGACUGUCUUGUGACGUUGGGCGCUGGGAGUAUCACCGAUGGUGCGAAAAUGGUGACACUUGCACUGGCAAAUAAUAUCCGAACGGCAAAGGAGCUUGCCAGAUAUUCUUCAGAGAGCACCGACGUCCCUGCGACGGUGCAUGAGCCGAAGGUGCCACUGAUCACGAUUCCGACAAGUCUCUCAGGUGGCGAGUAUUUCAGCCUGGGCGGCGGCACGGACGACUCUACCAAGCACAAGGUGGCGUUCCUGCAUUCAGGCAUGGGCGUGAACCUGAUCAUUCUCGACCCGGAGCUGUGCAUGACGACGCCGCCGUAUCACUGGCUCAGCACGGGCGUCAGGAGCCUCGAUCACUGUGUCGAGGCGCUGUGCUCGCUCCAAGGCACAGAGACGUCCGAUCGAAAGGCUGAGGAGGGCUUGAGGCUGCUGGUCCCGAGCCUGCUCAGAUGCAAACAGGACCCCGAGGACCGCGAGGCCUGGCACAAGUGCCAGAUGGCCGUGAUCCUCGCGAUGGACAACAUCCGUGCCGGGGUGCCCAUGGGCGGCAGCCACGCCAUCGGACACCAGCUGGGCCCGCUGGGCGUCGCGCACGGCGUCACCAGCUGCAUCCUCUGUCCCGCCGUCAUGAAGUACAACAUCAAACACGCGGCCGGAAACACGGCGAUCAUGGACCGCCAAGCCAAGGUCAGAAACAUCCUCUGGUCCGAGCCGGUGGUCGCGGACCUUCUCGCGCAAAAGGGUCUUGGUCAGGACAGUGCUGACCUCGGCGAUGUCCUCGACGUCAUUAUUCGCGCGUUGGGCCUUCCUAGGACGCUCACGGAGCUGGGGAUCGACAGGGACGUGCUCCCCGGUCUGGCGAACCGCGCGUUGGCCGACUUUUGGUCCCCGACCAAUCCGGUCCCGCUGGUCAAGGCCGAGCAGGUCCAAGAGAUUCUCGAGGCUGUCAUGUGA